UCUGUGACGUCACCAGUGUUGUGGUGACACCAACUGCCUGUGGAAUUCUUUCAGUGCCUUUUGGGUUCACAAACAGGCAUGUUUCACCAGCUGCUCAAGCUAGUUCAGAAGGAGAGGGGAGACCAAGGAGAGACCAGAACGAGGCAGAAGAAAACUGGCCUUCUGUCCUGGUUUAUUCGGAAGGCAUCAUCAGAAAAUUUCAUCAGUAACCAUGAAAAGCGUAUAAAGAAAUUGGAGGAACUACAAUCUGAAAUCCAGAAGUGUAAAAUCGAGCGGGAUGAACUUUCUCAAAUCCUGGACCUUUAUGUCAAUGAUGGUUUGAACUACAGUUCUUAAGUCCAGAUGCUUCUGUGACAGAAUGGGAAACACGACCAGUGCAGUCACUGCUUCAUUCUGCCUUUUGCAGUCUCCUCCCGCCUGGUUCCCUCACAGCCUUUCCAGUCCAAUGUGUCUCCAAGAAAACAGGCUAAAGAUUUCACCUUAAUUCUCCUUUGACUUGUCUCUGAAUCUGACUUCAGCCCUGCACACUGUGCUCUCCUGGAUCCGUGGAUGCUAAGCUGCAGGUUCUGGAGAUGCCAACCCCUCAGAUGAAUUCAAUGUCUGCUCAACUCAGUCCAUUCAUUCACAGUUCCUGGAGUCAUUGUGUCCACCGACCCAGACGCCCAUCGCCGGUCGAGAGUAUUCCACGCAGCGGAUCGAGUUCCAGCAAGCAGAAGGAUCUUCAGUCACAGAGCACAUUGCGGACCUUACCUGACAUGCUGGACAGAACUAAGAGGCCUAUGCCCGGUCCUCAGUGUCCUGAUGACACAGGCAUCAUCAAAUGGAGGUCCCACCAAGAUCGGGAAAGAGAGGACAACCUGAUGAGAUGGUCCCAGGAAGCCGGCCAGUGAAGGAGGGACACAUUGGGGAAAAUGGGCCAGGAAAGGUCCCAGUAAGCAGGAUACAGAAGGACCGUGGGAAUUGAAAGCACAUGCAAAAGAAAAUAAAGAUUUGGGAUAGUGGUGAAUAAACCUUGUAAAAAGGGACCAGGUAAUAAUGGUAAAAUGUUUUUGUGUACGUGUUCUUUUAGAUUUAUGCUAAAAUCUAGAGAAGCAAAGUCAAUUCUCAUAGAUGCUUUUAGUCUUUGGACCCUGAUUAGAGACAGUUUACACCCUAGACAAGAGAGAAAAUGGUUUGAGAAAAACAGUCCUCCCAGACUCUCCACAGAUGCUUUGGCAAAAGAAGGAAAAUGAGAUUAAGCUUUUUAAGAGCUCUCCUAGGGACAUCCUGCCUCCUUGCUGACUCCUAUUAGAGAAGUGCUUAUUUCUGGUUCUGGGUCCGUUAAGAAGAAUAUCUGGGUCCUUUUGGUGGGACACCAUCUAGCUCCUUCCCUCUAUGUGUAUUGUCUGUCCUUGUUGCACCAAGCUGUCCACGGAUGUCAAUUUAUGUCUGGGUUUUGCUUCUCGUUGCUUGAAUGUUUUGUGUUUCAUGCUUAAAAGAAAAAAUGGUGAAAACUUUAAAUGCUGGUUGAUUCCCCCCUUGAUUUAGUUUUAAGUCCUUUCAAGAAAAGAACAAAUAAAUAAAAACAGUUUCAAUUGACCUUUGGAGCCCUGCAUCCUAGAUAACUGGGGGCUGGCUAAAUGUGUACACUAGCUGGUCUUAAAGGUGCAAGUAGCUUCAAAGCUACUAUGGUAAGGGAGCUGGUGUCUGUUUCUCUUAGAGAAAUCUGUGACUGUGAUUAUUGGAUUCAACAGGUAACAAGGUGCUUCAUUUAAAAUGAUAGCUACAAAAAGUAAAAAUGGUAUUUGAUCUAAAUACUAAAGAUAUGUAUAAUCACUUCAUUUUUUUCUGUUUGGUUUUAAAUGUAUAAUACGCUCUACAUGUCUUGGCUAUAGGUUACUGGCUUUUUUUUUUUUUUUGGUUCUUUUUUUCUGAGCUGGGGACCAAACCCAGGGCCUUGCGCUACCUAGGCAAGAGCUCUACCACUGAGUUAAAUCCCCAACCCCAGGUCACUGGCUUUUAAGUUAUUGGGUAUGGUUAAAAUUUUUAACAUUGGUAACAGAAAGUUGGCUUAAAACUGGAGUCAUUGUAGACAACAUGUGGCAUGAGCCAAGCCAGGGAAACAGGUCUAGAUUGGGAUAAUAUUUUAAUAUAACUCUUAUCAUGGAAACCGGACUUUAAAAGAAUUUAGGGAAAUGUCUCUUUGCUGAGGUAUUAGAGCCUGCACCAUCGUUCCUUCAUAUGCAAGGCUUGGCUGCCAUACUUUAUAGCAUGAGGAAUGGACUUGGUGUUUUGGAGAGACUGGAUUUUGGAGGAUAGAUAGUUUGGUGGAGGGUGAGUUUUGCUUUCCAAAGUUAUGCUUGUGCUCUGGGGUUAGGAGGGAAACUUGAAGAUUGUGGCUAAUGAUUGCCAGUGUUACAUUGACUACAGUUUACAGUCUGAUCACAGACAGACUCGGGAUUCUAACUCGUACAUAUUUGUGCUUAAGAAAAAGUCAAACAGGUGGAGACUGUGACAAGGGUUAAUGGGGCUAUGGAACUUAUAAGAGCAUGACAGCCUGCUUCCUCCAACUGCUAUUUCAAGAAAUACAUAUAGAAUGAUUAUAGGUUUAAGAGAUUGUUUUUAUGCUGUUUCUUGCACUCUUGGGUUGUUGUGAAAUAUUUCAUUUCUUGUGUUUCCUUGGGUUUUGUUUGACUUGACCAUACAUGUGUAUGGCUUUUCGAAAGAAAAAUGUAUUCAUUUUUAUUUAUUUUGGUGAAUUGUUCUUUGGCUGACUUUUGUCUGUGGUUGCUCUGAAUGCAGUUCCCUCGGUGGCCAGAGGAGGGCACCAGAUACCGAGUUAUAAAUGAUGGUUAAGCACCCUGUAGGUCCUCUUGAGUGAAGCCAGCAGGUUGCCCAGGUCGAACUCCAGUUCUAGCUCCCUGUGCACCAUGCUGUGCUAAAGCUUCUCUACUUCCUCCUGCUCUUCCUUGGCCAGCAGCACCUCUGCAUUUUGCCCCUCCAUGGCUCUGGCUUGGGUCUCAGUUCCCUCACUUUUGGGGAUUUUAACUUUAAGAAUGGACAGAAAGAUUACAAUUUGAUGUUUGCCCUAUACCUGAGAAGCAUUUUGCCAGGAAAAGGGAGUUUCCAUUGCACAAAAUGGGAUGGUAAGACAGAGAUUUCAGGAAAAAACAUGGGUGAAUAUAUUGAAACCAUGCCCCCUCUCAAGGUACACUCCAUGAAACAACAUACUCCAGCUUGCAUACAUUUAAAGGUGUAGGAAAAAAAUAUUGGCCUCUGGAGAACAGUAAAAAUUGUGGGAAUUGGACUAUUUGUCACAUGCAUGGACCCUGGGGUUUAUACAUUUCAGGAAGAAGAAUAUCCAUCAUCCACGGUCUUUAGAUCUUUGGCUGUUAACAAAGAUGUUCUAUCCAUUUCAAGGCCUGAUACAACUCUCCCUCUCCUCAGCAACUGAGUUGUAAUGAAGCAGUGAGAACUCUGAAGCUCUGGAAGGAGAGUGAGCGAAUGGGUGUUCCUGGCUCAAAAGUGAGUCUCUGGAAAAGCCACUGCAGAACCUGGUCAGUCUGGUAGAGGUAGUUAGCAAGUAAGCUAUGGCAUUUCCCACUGACAUCACCGGUAGUGUCUUCCCUGGAAAUUCUCUUGUAUCCAGGAGACACUAGAAUGUUCUGUGAUGUCACCAGUGUUGUGGUGACACCAACUGCCUGAGCGAUUUCCCUUCUUUUCCUAAUGUGUUCCCCAGGAGGCAUGUUCUCCAGGAUCCUCAGUCUCUUUCGGAGGGACAAUCAUAUCCAUACAGGCACCAGACCAAGGCAGAGGGAGGCCAGCCCUCCAUCACGUUGGAGAAGAAGACGAAUGGAAAGGUCCUUGAGGAGGUCAAAGUCUGAUCAGAAGGCAUCAUCCCAACCCUCCAUGACACCUGUUGAGGAGGAGAGAAUGAAGCGUCUGGAGAACAUCAAAAUUGCUCUCCAGAAGAUGCAGAAGGAGAGAGAUGAACUCAGGAGAAUCCUGGCAGAUUACCCGGGAAAGAAUUUAAAUGACAGGAACAACUUUGAGUCCGAGAUGCUCACGAAGCAGCACGAGGAAGUGAUGACCGACAUGAAGAAAAUGAGCGAGCAGGUCAAUAGAGCUUUGGUCAAAUGUACACACCUCACACUGGAAAAUGACUGGUACUGCCGCAGCUUCUGCCCCCUCCUAACUGAGUUGUUUGAGCUGAAGAACAAUGCCCAGAGAGCACGGCAUGAGAACAGGGAGCUUCUAUGGGAACAGAUUGCACUGGAAGAGUCCAUUAAGGAAACAACAAGGAUCUGUGGGGAAGCCAGUAUGAAAAUCCGUGUAAAAAGCAGCCUCAGGUCUGAAAACUGCAGCAGAAGCUUUCCCAGGGCCCAGACCAGGACUACAGCUCUCAGAGACAGGACUGUCCACCAGGAGCACUGAGGGUGCAAAGAUUGACACCACCUCCCGCAUCUCAGUCCUUGUAACCAUAGCAAUCCUGGGCUGAAUUUGAAAGAACUUGAGAUGUGGCAUGGAACAUGCCUCACGUUUAACCUUUUGACGACUUGUCCACCAACAACCAACUACACCGAAUGAGGCAUCUACAUUCCUCUUGAAGAGAUUUUUACCAUCUUACCUGCCGUUCUGCUGUGUUUGCAAGGCCAGCAACAGGCUGGAGUUAUAUGUUGAAAAAUCAGCAGGAAUUGAAUGCUGACUAAUUUACUUGUUAUAUUUAGUUUUUAGUUUGAAAUUUGGUUGUUUUAUGCAUUUGGUUUUAUUUGUUUACAUUUGAAGUUUUGUUAUUUAUUUGUUAACAUUAGUUUUUAAAUUAAUAUGCUAUAUUCUUAAGGCUAUAUACAUUGAACUCAUUGACUCCCCACUUUAAAAUUUUCUUAAAUAAAUUAAUGUUUGUCUAUAAAUAAAAAUGUGACCUUUAAUCCCUCACUCACAAGA